AUGAGUUCUGUUGUUCAUGAUGUCUGGUGUCUUUUCUCUCUCUCUAUUGUAUCUUCUAUCAUCUCUCCAGACUCUGUCAGGCUGGUGAAUGGGACCAGUCUGUGCUCAGGCAGACUGGAGGUGAACACUAACCAGUCUACCCAGCGCUGGUCCUCAGUGUGUGAAGAUGACUUUGACCAGCAGGAUGCAGAGGUGGUCUGUAGGGAGCUUGGCUGUGGGGCUCCUUCAGUCCUCCAGGGGGCGCUCUAUGGAGAAGUGGAGCCUCCAAUGAGGACCAAAGAGUUCCAGUGUGGAGGCCAUGAGUCUGCUCUCCUGGACUGUAGCAGCUCAGGCUCAGAUAGAAACACCUGCUCACCUGGAACAGCUGUUGGACUCACCUGCUCAGAGCCUGAUGCUGUCAGGUUGGUGGGAGGAGCCAGUCGCUGUAGAGGAACACUGGAGGUGAAACAUGAAGGAGAAUGGAGACCAGUGAGUUACUAUAACUCUGACUGGAGCCUGAAGAGAGCAGCUGCUGCCUGCAGAGAGUCAGACUGUGGCUCUGCUGUUUCUGUAGAGAGAGAAGAGUCCUCAGUCAGAUCUGUGUGGGGGAUCAGGUCUGACUGUGUUGAGUCUGGAUCUACUCUGAGGGAGUGUGCUGCAUCAGGUUUCUCUUCCUCCGUCCUUCAUCUCACAUGUUCAGACCUGCUGCUUCAGCCCAACAUCUCUGUGUCCUCCUCCAUGGUCGGGGUCUCUGAGGAGGACCAGCAGGAGGUGUUCAGGUGUUCUGGGGCUCCACCUUCACCAUCAGCUGCUCCAUCCAGCCACAGUACCCAGGAGGCUCCUUCCAGCUCACCUUCACCUCCUCCAACUCAGCACACAACUACACCCAGCCAGCUGUCAAUCACUCUGCCCACUUCCUGUUUCCUGCUGCAGAGGCCGCCCACCAAGGAAGCUACAGCUGUGUUUAUCACCUCUAUGUUUUCUCUCAUAACUUCUCCUCUGAGAGCCCUGUGCUCUCUCAGCGUCAUGGGUAAGCUGACUGUUUACAGGAUUGGAGAAGAUGAUUGGUCCAAACUGAGUGAAAAUGAUCAGCUGACAACAUGUUUCUGGACUGACUCUGUAAUGACAGUCAUCAUGUUACAUGUGUCAGAUAGUAACCAAACUCAUACAAAGUGUAAAAAGUGGUAA